UUCCUGCCUGUCUGGUGGUGCGUUUGCGCCUCCUGUCUUGAAAGAGGAGGUGAGGAAUAGAUUACUUUUCAGAGUUCAAGGUUUGGUUUCGGUGUUCGUCCGGUGUGAAGGGUUUUUUACCGAGGCAUAAAGCCCCUUUCACAUAGUCAAGAUGCUGAAUAUGUGGAAAGUGCGGGAGCUGGUUGACAAAGCAACCAAUGUGGUGAUGAACUACUCGGAGGUGGAGUCUAAAGUCAGAGAAGCCACCAAUGACGAUCCCUGGGGACCAUCAGGACAAAUGAUGACUGAAAUUUCAAGAGCCACCUUCAUGUAUGAGCAGUUCCCUGAGGUGAUGAACAUGCUGUGGGCCCGCAUGUUGAGGGACAACAAGAAGAACUGGAGGAGAGUCUACAAGUCCCUGCUGUUGUUGGGACAUCUAAUCAGGAAUGGGUCGGAAAGGGUUGUAACCAGUGCCAGAGAACAUCUGUAUGACCUGAGAUCGCUGGAGAGCUAUCACUUUGUGGACGAGAAUGGGAAGGAUCAAGGAGUAAAUGUUCGUCAGAAGGUGAAGGAGCUCGUGGAGUUUGUUCAGGAUGACGACAGGCUGAGGGAAGAACGGAAAAAGGCAAAAAAGAACAAAGACAAGUACAUCGGUGUAUCCUCUGACAGUAUGGGGUAUCGAGGUUACUCGGGGGACAGGUUUGACUCCAGUGAUAAUCGCGGAAAAUGGGACGAUGACUGGGAGAAGAAUAAAGGACCUUUCCCUUUCAGUGAAAAGCUGGGGGAGAUAAGCGAUAAAAUCGGCAGCACCAUUGACGAUACGAUAAGCAGGUUCAGGAAGAAGGACAGAGACGACUCACCAGAUCGGUUCAGCGACAACGAGGAGGACCGGGAUCGUUCGUCGUACAACGGGCAGUCAAAAAAAGAGUUUAAAGAUGAAGAGACUGUUACAACCAAGAGCGUACACAUCGUCCAGGCAACAGAGACAACGGCAACACGAAAGAGAGGAGUACCGUCCAGAAAAGUGGACCUGGGGGCUGCAGCCCACUACACAGGAGACAAGAGCCCAGACACCACUGCCAAACAGACCCAGCCAGCUGCAGCACCUCAGCCUGCUACUACAGGCCUAGCUGACCUCCUGAUGGUGGACACCACACCCAGCCAACCUGCUGCCACAGAUCUUUUUGGUGGAUUUGCUGACUUCAACUCACCUGCUGCCCCAGCUGGACACCUCUUAGGAUCUGCAACAGUCUCCAGCCCCAAUGGAGACUUUGGCGAAUGGAAUGCUUUUCCUGGAGGUCAGAUUCCAGCAUCUGCUCAGAGUCCUGACAAUGGCGCAAGUGACCUUUUUGGAGCCAUGGCAGUAGCCUCCCCUACUUCGCCGGCACCAGUCAUGGCUCCAGCCUCGGGUCCCGCCUCGACAGACCUGUUUGACUUGAUGGGGCCGACUCAGUCCCUCACCUCCUCCCAGAGCCUCAACUUUAGCAUGAGCAGCACACAGACACUGAGCACUAAUGUCAUGCCUCAGUCUGUGUCACAGCCCAUCCACAACAUGGGGAGUCCUUUGCAGCCACAGUCCAUGCAGCAGGGAAUGGCCUCACAAGGCCCUGGAGCCAACGCAUCCUUUCCAUCCACUUGGUCCGAUCACUCGGUUAACAUCAAUCUGGACUUCCUGGGGCCUGGCAUGCAGCCCCCCAAGCCCAGCCAGCCCAGUCUCAACACCCUCCAGCAAGGCAAUCAACUGGCUCCCAACAUGCUCUCACAGGGAUUUGCCAGUAUGAAUCUUGGACCUACACCAGUCAGACCUCCUGUUAAUGCUAUGAUGCAGCCCGGUGCUGGAAUGGGAAUGGGCAUGGUUCCUAACCAGGGCAUGAUGGCGAUGGGCAUGAACAUGGGGAUGCCACAGGGAGGUAUGGCCAUGGGAAUGCCUGGUGGGAUGGGAAUGGGAUCGGGGAUGAACCCUGCAAUGUUCCAACAGCCCAAACACGACGCCUUUGCUGACUUUGGCAACUUUGGAAAGUGAUGGAACCAGAGAGCGGAGAUUAUCAAGAAUGGUGGCAGUCUCUCGCCGUGGGUGAAGGAUCAUCAUGAGCUCCAAACAAAGAGUACUUGAAAACUGUCAACUAUCAUAUUAUCAAUGCCCUGCCAUCUCCCUUUUUUAACAAUUCAAUAGUGAAAUGGAUCUAAAUGAAUGUGUGAUGAUUGAACCAAUGAUGUGAGGUCUGGCAUGAUGGUUGGAUGUUAAGAUGGUGUGCCUUGUUGAUUAUUAUUCAGUGAGAAGAAAGUGCCACUGAGAAAACGUCAGGGGGAUCUGCUUUAAAUCCUCAAUCACGUAAAAUCAGAGUAGCAAAAAACAAAAAGCAUAUAUUAGUAGCUACAUCAUAUGUUUAAAAAUCCUCAAUAACUUUAUCUAAUGAGUCAUUUGAAUAACAUGAUCAGCCAUUUUAACUUCCUAACAUGUCGAAGAAUGUCAAGUUACCUCUUGGUUUUUGUUUUUUCUUUUGUUAUUCUUUGUUCUCUGUCUUCCGAUGACGUGUAAAUAGAAAUCUGGAGUCCUUUGCAAUAAGUUAUGAAGAUCACUGAGAGGCAGCGAAAAUGUGACCAGUUGUAUCAUACAGACCAAAUCUGAUAUGAAUGGAGAUCUAGAAACAAAGCACAUGAAUGCAUUAUCUUUGUACAUAGGUGUCCACUCUCCAAAUGUGGCUUAAGUGUUACAGUUGGGGUAAUAAUUAAUAAUUGUUUGCAGUGAAAAGUUGUUAAUUCAAGGAACCUCUCUUUUUGGUAAACUGUAAUUUGUGGCCUUUCUUAUUAGAAUAUAUCUAUAUUUUACUUAUGAAGAAUAUAAUAUCCAGUUUGCGUCCCUUUGAGAUGAUCAAUAAAGAAGACUGCCUAAUGUAGGGGGUUAUGGGGUUUUUAUUACAGCAUAGUGUCUCUUUUCUCCUCAGCAGACAUGAAGGAGACGGUGGAGCUUCAGGCCGAUGUACAAACCGUACAUGUUUGUACUUGGACCUCAAGCCAAGUGUGCUGUCUGCAGAAAUGUCACAUGCAAAUGAAAUGGUAGUUUAACCCUGUUUAGUCUACCCCAUGCACCUUUUUUUUUUUUUUUUUUUUUUUUUGUGUCCACUAUUCAGGGCAGUGGCAGCUUAAGAGAUACAAACCCACCAAGGUAUUUACUCAACACCUCGGGUCUUAAUUCAAGCUGUUAAAAGAUUGUAAGAUGCAUCUCUGCAUUUUUUGGGGGGUGCAUCAUAGUGACUUCCAUCAUCGUCAUUACGCCCGUCUUGGUGUGAUUUUUUUUUUUUUUUUUACCAUCUUAACAAUCGUCAGUCCAAGUCGGUGUGGUUUGCCACUCAUCAGGUACAGGUUAGAGGCUCAGAAGAAGUGUUUUUGUAAGUGAAUUCAGCUGCACACCAUGUUUGUUUUGUGUUAACGUGAGCAUGGAUGUGAUUCCAAGUGCCUGAUGGCUGCCUCUUGAAGCUUGUAAUGAGUGAUUGAUAAUCAAAUGGAACUGCGGUAGCCUGACAUUGUUUUUUUUUCUGUGUGUCUGAGAUAAAUGAUUCAUCAACAAGAGGAGAAGGCAGUAGCCUCCCAGGAGGAUUCAACUUGUGCUUUCCGACUCUCCUUAAGGGCUCAAGCAGCUGAGUGCAGUAACACAGAGUAGCCUUGCCUCGAUGUCUGAAACAUUAAAAUGACCAAAAUCUGUUUGCUGUUUUUUCUAAUUUAUAUCAGAAAUUGUUUUAUGCAUUUUGUUUUCUAUUUUAAAUCAUUUUUUUUUUUCUUUCUUCCUGGUCCUCUUUUUAAGUGGGAUUAUUACUGAAACACUAGUAUAUGCAAAUGUAUGAGAACCCUUUGAGAAAAUUAGAUCUUGCAAUGCUCCCAUUCUGAUUUGAUUUGAACGUCAAGAUUCCUUAUGGACAACAUUAAACCGUUGAUUUAAA